CACCUUGCGCUGAUUUUGCCAAGGUAUACACGGGGAUGCGUUUUGAUUCACGAAAGGGUAUCAUCAGUGCAAGAUUUGAGUUGUGCUUUACAGCCUGUCGCGCAAUCGCCUAGGUCGCGAUUUUUGCGAUAUUCUUUUUUUUUUUUCGCAUAGGUUAGUGGGCUGCUCUCCCCCAGUUCCAAGAUGACUGGAGUUUUCGAGAACUUAAAUACUGAUAUGCAUUCGAACCAGAUUACCUCAAGCAAUUACCACAGCUUGCACAAAUCGCAGGAGUCCCCGACUCUGCCGGUUUCCACGGCGACGGACAGCAGCUAUUACAACGGCCAGCAGCCUGGGCACUGCGCCGGGUCACCGUUUGGACAACUGGGCACUUACCAGUACCACAGCAGCGCCACGAGUUCUGUGCCAUAUAACGCAAAGUCAUACGACCUCGGUUUCAACUCAUCGUAUGGUACAUACGGUUCUUAUGGCUCCAACUCAUCGCCAACUCCCGCAGACACAGAGAAAGAUGAGAGCGAGCCAGAAAUCCGGAUGGUUAAUGGAAAACCAAAGAAGGUCAGGAAACCUCGAACCAUUUACUCAAGCUUCCAACUGGCUGCACUUCAACGGAGGUUUCAAAAGACUCAGUAUUUGGCUCUACCAGAACGGGCCGAGCUGGCAGCGUCGCUGGGCCUUACGCAAACACAGGUUAAAAUCUGGUUCCAAAACCGCCGCUCCAAGUUCAAGAAGCUGUGGAAAAGUGGAGAAAUCCCCCCAGAACAACAUGUUGCUUCCAGUGAAUCUCCCCCGUGCACGUCUCCACCAACUACCGCCUGGGACUUUCCACAGACUCAAAGAAUGAACAAUGUCAGCUCUAGUUUACCUCAGAGCAGCAGCCCUCCAAACACAACUGCGCCUUCGUCGUUUUUGGCAAACUACUCCUGGUACUCAACUACGAACUCUGCCACGCAUCUGCAGCCUCCUCUGGUUCAGCAUCACCACAACUCCGCCAUAAGCGCUGGGACAAUAUUCUGAAAUUUAAAAGAGAGAGCGAGCGAGAGAACGAGAAAACGUCGGGUGUAAAUCGGACAAUACUGGUGAAUAAAGAGAAAAUAAAAUGCCAUUACCUUCAUUUUGCAGACCUCGUGCUUGCACCAUACGAACUUUACGCGCAGCAUCUAGGAGAUUUCAUGGAACCAGACAGGUUUAUGGACCUUGCCAGUUUUCGUGCUUACAAAUGGUAGACUCAGAUUUCUACAGUUAUUUUUGUAUUUAUUUAUUUUGUUUAUGUGAGGGAUGAAUGAACCACUAUUACCCAAAGCAAUCACAGCAUGGGCGCGAGCCCAUAUACUUUUACUUGGACGUCACUUUUUCUUCUUCUUUCUUUUGUUUUUUUUCUCUUCCUUUUUUAUGUGUGUUGCCAUCCCUGCAAAAAAAUAAAAUAAAAUAAAACAUGAAUCGCAGGACAACCUGUCACAAAUGUAGCACAAGUUAACUGUAUGGUGCCUUUUUUGCAAUAUGACCUCAUUUAUGUUGUGCGAUCAAAACAAAACCAGCUUACCUUUAUCCAUUCCUCACGUAGUUCAUCUGAAUAGUCCGGGGGGAUAAGUGUUCCGAUCCACGUUUGUAAAUAUUUUACAACAGCUUUUUUUUCAUAUCCCACCUCGCUUUGACUUAAUUUUAUUUUUUAUUUUUUUGUCUUUUUCUGGCUCUUCAUCCAUUAACCACCGUGAGCUACUGAUUGUCCCGCCCUCUGACUUGUAUCAACACUAAAUUGUAUUUUCUUUUUUUGUUCUGGUCUUAUUUAUUUUAGCAGUGUUUCAUAUAUGGCCAGAUUUUAUUUAAAUAAAAUGUUUUCUGUGCAUUUGCAUCCGAGUUUGUAUGUGUGUAUAAAUACAUUCUAUGUUCACUAAAGCUGGA